AUGAAACUACUCUUCGUCUUACCGCUGAUCCUUGUGUCUUCUGUGUUUUCGCUCAAGUGCCACAGUCAGCAAACGUGUGCGGGGCAUGCCGCUCUGUGCGCCAAGCCGUACAACAAGGUGUCCUUUGCCACCACCCACAAUGCGUACUCAUAUGCACCACCGGCCGGCAGCCCAGCGCUAAACCAAGAGCGCACAAUCCAGCAGCAGCUCGACGACGGCAUCCGCGCCUUCAUGCUCGACACGCACAAGCCCCUGGAAAUCACAGGAGUGUGGAACAAGAUCGUCGCGUGGUUCCAAACCACCUUCCACCGCACAAACGCCGCCGAUGCGCCCGAAAUCAAAGGCGUGCAUCUCUGCCAUCAGUCAUGCGCGCUUGUGGAUAAGGGCACAUUGUACGACACACUGAAGGUGUUCAGGCAGUUCCUCAAUGAGAAUCCGGGCGAAGUCGUGACGUUUAUUAUCGAGAACUUUGAUGCAUUCGAGGCAAGCCAGCUCAGCCCCAGCUUCAAGCUCGCCGACCUUGAGCGCUCGGCAUUCGCGCCCACAUGGGAGCACUCCACAAGUAACCAAAACUACACGUGGCCGACACUCGGGGAGAUGGUCGACAGAGACCAGCGCCUGGUUGUGUUCGUCGACAGCCAUACCGACACCGCAAAGGUGCCCUAUCUGCUUGCUGAAUGGGACUACGUGAUCGAAACACCAUACGCCAACAUCCACCCAGUCAGCGAGUUCCCGUGUACGCAGGACCGGCCACGCGACCAUGUCCCACGCGACCUGCUUGUGGUCAACCACUUCACAUAUAAUCGCAUCACCAUUGGUGAUAACAAUAUCGAUGUGCCACUGACGGCGAAACAGCUGCAAAAGUACGGGUACAAUAGCAAGGAGCAGGUGCAGACUCAUCUCGAUACAUGCACAAAGGUUUGGGGCGCCGAGCGGGUGCCAAACUUUAUUACUCUGGACUACUACGACGUCAGCGGCUCAACGCUGCUUGACACAGUGAAUAGGGUUAAUGGUGUUAGUUCAUAG